CUGGCGGGAAGGCUCGUUGCCUCGUAGCCGUCGCGUAGCGCGCUACGAAUAAUUGCUAAUGCAUUUUUUUUAAAUAUUGUUUAAUAAAAAGUCUCGCAACAUAAGUUUUAACAGUAGAAAUUUUCGUAUCAAAUAAAACUACUUUAGGUAUAAUCGUAUGUUAUUUGAAACAUUUCUAUUCAAAAUCUUACCAUAAAUUGGAAAAACAGAAUGUCAGACGAUACGAAAUCCGCGUCAAUGAACGCAUCUGCCUCCCGGUCGUGGUUUCGUGCAGCUGAUGAUGUUAAAAUUGAGUUUGGAUUUGGAGUUCCGCUUGGGGCGAUGUCGGCUCAUCCCACUUUUCAUUCUGCUUGGGAUAUUGGUUGUCCCAAUUCUGGUUUCCAUCAUAUGGCCCGCAUGAUGGACCGAAUGAUGGUGGAAAGCAUGCAACCGUUCGGCUUUGCAAGAAUGACGACUAGACGGGGUGCGGAUAAGGAUGAACCUCCGAGAGACGGACUGAGAUCUGAUAGAAGUGACGCUAGAAGAGAACGUGCUAAAAAUCCUCAAACCCACACCGGGAACGGAACUAGACACCCACCGACACAAGUGGUUCGACCGACUCCAGUUAAUAAAUUCCAAGAAACACCAUUAGACCAAGCGAAACAGACAGACCCUACUACCGAGAAAUGGGCGGGUACAUUGCGUAAACGCGACCCUAACCUUCAACCCUCGUUGCCUUCAAUUGUUUCUCGCAAAACAUCUUCAUCCUCCAUGGGCAGUGGUAGAAAAACUAGAUCAGUUGAAAGAACGCCCCGAAGACGACACCUUAUACCAAUUAAACCAAUUGUCCGGAAAAGUGACGUUUCUGCCGAUGGUGAUGCAAUAUUAGAGAGAGACGAAAGAGUUUUUGAUGCGACUGGCUACGAAAUUCAUCUGGUUGAAACGCUGGAAAGGGAUAUAUUGCAAAAGAACCCAGAUGUGCGCUGGAAAGAUGUGAUUGGGUUAGAUGACGCAAAGUCUGUUUUACAAGAGGCAAUGGUUUUACCCCUGGUGAUGCCAGACUAUUUCAAGGGUAUACGUCGUCCUUGGAGAGGAGUUUUGUUAACAGGGCCACCUGGCACAGGCAAGACGUUGCUAGCACGGGCUGUGGCAACCGAGUGUCGAACCACUUUCUUCAACGUAUCAUCUGCUACAUUGACAUCAAAAUAUCGAGGGGAUUCCGAGAAACUCGUUAGGUUGCUUUUUGAUAUGGCCGCAUUUUACGCACCCAGCACCAUAUUUUUGGAUGAGGUGGACUCACUUUGUGCUAUGAGGGGGGCGGACUCUGAGCACGAAGCUUCUCGAAGAUUCAAGGCUGAGCUACUGAUUCAAAUGGAUGGAUUAGCUGCCCCUUUUAACCAAGAUAAAGUGGUUAUGGUGUUGGCAGCCACGAACCAUCCUUGGGACAUCGAUGAGGCGUUCAGGCGACGCUUUGAAAAAAGGAUAUAUGUCGGCCUUCCUGAUGAACCAACCCGUGUCAAACUAUUGAAGCUUUGUCUACGUGAUGUUGUGUUGUCCAAUGACGUCGACUUGUCCGAAUUAGCCGCAAAGUUAGAUGGCUACAGCGGUUCAGAUAUUUGUAACUUGUGCAGAGAUGCAGCUAUGAUGACCAUGCGUCGUAAAAUUGCGGGGAAAACACCUGAACAAAUCCGUCGCCUGAAACGAACUGAACUAGAAGCGCCAAUAUCUAAAGCAGAUUUAGACACCGCUAUUGAAAAAACUAGGCGCACGGUAACUCAAGCAGAUGUAGCGCGUUAUUCGACGUGGAUGCAGAAGCAUGGUUGUUCCUAGCAUAGGGCUAAAGCGCUUAGAGCGCUUCUUCGACUGUUAAGGAGCUCAUAAACUGCCUGUGUUGAUGAAAAGGACAAGAAAAUAUUAGGUUCCAAAGUCGAUCUUGUGAUUUAUAAACUUUUAUACGUAUCGUAAUAAAAUCGUGGCGUAUUUGAUAGUUAUUAUUAUUUGUAAAUUAUAUGGAAUUUCUACAAUAUUAAUUAGACUUUUUAAUAAUUGUAACAACACUAGGCUACGAUAUUUAUAGUAUAUGAUGUGAUGGGCAGAUAUAGAAAUGCGUAAAUGGGUAUUAUUGCCAAUACCAACGUGUAACAAACUAUGUGGCAAGGACGCAAAAUUGCUUUUAGCAUAAAAUUUUCUAUUAUGCAAAAUUAUGAGAGUUAUAAAAUAUUGUUGGGACUUGUAAGUUAAAUUAUUGUGCUUUUGUAGUAGUGUGAAUCAGCUAAAAUUAAUGUUUUACUCAACGUUAGAGCAUAAUUACAUUUUAAGAAAUCGAGCCCUCUUACAAUAAAAUACAGCCUGUCUAAAAAUAUUUAAAUUUCAUAAUUAUAUCAUAAUAUAAUUUUGCAAAUAACAUGAAGUUGCUUAUAUGAUGCCAUUCGCUCACAUUGGCGCAAACCAAAGGCACGUUUGCACGUAAGUGAGCGACCCCGGCAAUAACAUAGUAAUUUUGUUCUUUAAUAAACUUUUGUAAUUAGUCAUGUUAACUCAAUAAAAAUAAGCGUUGGCUGGAAAAGGUAUUGAAAUGAUGAACAAUUUAGAAUAAGAUUCAUUUAUUUAGGAAUGGUGUAGAUGUAUUUUGUUUUAUUAUUUUAAAUUAUACAUGGUAAAACGAGUUCUGCAAAGUCAAUAAGUUUGAAUAAAGAUUGUUCGUAUAAAUACCUGUCUUUGCGAUAUGUGAAACCUUUUAAUAGUUUUGUUAUGGGAUCGGAUUUAAGUAUAGUUAAGUGCUGAAAUACAAAUGAAAUACAAACGAAUAAUGUGGUAUUAACAAUACUUUUUAAUAACUUCCAUUUUGACUUAACAACUUAGCGUUAGUUCUAAUUAUAAGUAUCGGUCUUUGGUGCUUUCUAGAAUAAUUAUUUAUAAAACCUUAGUGAUGUAGUAGGCUAGAACCGAAGUAAUCAUAAAACUACUGGAUCGAGAACUAGUUAAAACUAUUAAACUGUGCUAGUAGACAUUUUUCGCUAGUUAUGGGACGAAUACCUAAUGGGAAUAUUGUAUCUGACGACUUUUGUAAUUUAAUGUUCUGAUUACUACUUUUACAGAUAAAUUUCUUAUACUUUACAAAAUAGUGAUACUUUUUAAAUUCUUAAGUGCAAUUUAGUAAAUAACUAAGCGCUAUAAGGCACUUCUAUGAUUGUUUUUAAUGUCGAGUGCAAUCUUUAAUUAUUACAACCUUCUAAUUAUAUGUACAUAAGUUUAUUUAUAUUAUGACAAUUUAAACAAACUGUUUCACUCCUUUACAAUAAUGUCAACCUUAUUAUUAUAAGACUAAUAAAUAUUUCGUGUUUUAAGAAUACGCAACAAAAAAAAAAGGGCCAGUUUCACAACUUGCAAAGUCGUUGAUAGCCUGUCUUACAUUUAUUGAAGUUUAGUAAAAACUAAACUUCCUGACAGUUAAAAUAAAAUAUAAACAGAACAACUGAACAAGACCAGAAAUUGUGACACGAUCUUUAAGUGAAACGUACACAUUGUAAUUAUAGACAAUUAAUUAAUUGCCAUAUAUAGGCAUUCUAAUAAGUAUUAUAAAAUGACGCGUACACAACGUUUAAAAUGAUUAUCCAAUAAAAAAUUAACAUAACAUAAACAUUAAUUAAAAAUAAAAGAACAAAUCAAAUAACAAUCAACAUCGUUACAUUAACACUCUUUCUAACUAAGGAUACUAUUAGAUCAUACGCUUUGUUUUCUAGAUCAUUUACCUUUACGUUACCUAAUUUAUAUAAAGGCCAAUACUUUACAGUACAAUAUGGGUGAAAUUGAAGGCACAUAGUUGCAAAGAAUACCUUUUUACUUAGAACAAAAAUUAUGACCUUAUAUAGGUACUUAAAGGUACUCUCUAAUAAUUAAUAAUAACAACAUAAAAUUACCAUAAUUAAUUAUUUCUAAUGUUGUUGAACGAUUCUCUGAGCCAUUAGAAUACGGCAGUGAUAUUAUUUUUUUUACCAUUUAUACAUGUGUCUACAUACAUACCGACCGUCUCCUUGGUGAGCGUAGAAACGAGGGGUCCUGGGUUCAAUUCCCGGUGGGGACGCACAAAAAAAAAGUCUCGGUCUAGCAAGACACAGAAGGCUGAUCACCUACUUGUCCGUAAAGAAAAUCGAUCAAUGAAACAUAUGUGCAUCAUCUGCCCCAUACCCCACUAGGGGACACGGGACUUAAUUAUUUUAUUUUCGUGUCUGCCCUAGAGUUAGAUAGAAAAACUCAAUAGAUUUCAUGUUUGGACACAAUAUAUUUGUGACUUUUUUAAAUCUAUGUCUCAAU